CAUAUCGAGUUAUCUUGUGUUAGUUUUAUCUGUGGAGUAGGCCAUUUAGGAUACUAUACCGUUCUCUAAUCUCCAGUAGUUUUUUCAACUUGGUACAAAUUUGUUUAUUUGUGCAUCAGCGAUUGGUUCAAAUUAAUAAUUCUCAUACCUAAUAUUUUGACAUGCAAUACAAUUUCUUAAAUAAUUUUUAAAAAUUUAAAACGACAACGGGUUUGAUUAGAAUUUAAAGUUACAUUAUUAAAUAUCUCGUUAUGUUUUUCGAAUAUUUUCAGCUAUUACAGUUCAGUGCUUAAAAAACGUAUUUUCUGGUGAUUUAUUGCUUCUUGAUUCGUUUAUAGAUGCUUAUUAUUAUGAUGUGCCACUAUUACCAAUGAUGUUUGUACAUUAUUGUUCUAUGAAACGUACUAUGGAAACGUUCUCAUAAAUAUGAACAAAAGCAAUUGUCUAUGCUUUUGGUAAUUAUCUUUACAUAAUUCUGUACACAUUCUUGAGUUAAACAAUUGUUCUUGGAAAUGGAAGACUGUCCUCAUUUUACCGUUCAUCAUUUGACUGCCAUCGAUAAAAGCAUUAAUUUAUUAGAAAACCAUACUGGAGUGUUGACUUGUUACUUUUGUCAGUCGAAAAAACCCGAAGUAUGGGUUUGUAUCAAUCCCGAAUGUAUGCAAGCAUUUUGUUUCGAUGGAGGAUGCGAUCACAGUUACUUUCAUUUUACAGAAGAUAAAACGCAUUGUUUGCAUCUUAGUCUACCGUCGAUGCGACUAUGUUGUUAUAUUUGUGAUAAGGAAUACAACAUCGAAAAAAAUCCUAGGACGUUAAAUGGCGUACGCCGUGGAUCUAACUGUUCCAUAGAAUUAUGUCGCAAUAAUGUAGUGGCAAGUAAUAGUGGUGAAUCUGCCGAAGAAGAUAGUGAUGAUGAAUACAGGCUCACAAAAGACCACAAGCCAACAGGAUUGACUGGUCUUCAAAAUAUUGGAAAUACUUGCUACAUGAAUGCAGCACUCCAAGCUUUAUCUAAUACGCCUCCACUGACAGAAUAUUUUCUGACUUGUUUUCCUGAAAACCCUUGCCACCAAUCGGAUAAUCCUUUACACCUUUCGAGAGCUUAUCACCGCCUCCUUCAGGAAAUAUGGCACACUAAACGCCCCGGCUAUGUGACACCAACUACAAUUUUAUAUACAAUGCGUAAUGUAUACCCAAUGUUUAGAGGUUUUCAUCAGCACGAUACACAGGAAUUUUUAAGAUGCUUUAUGGAUCAGUUACACGAAGAACUUAAAGAAUGUGAAUUAGAAGUAGUGCCAUCUAGACGGCAUUCGUAUAAGGCAAUAUCUAGAAAACAAAGUCUGGAACAGGGCCAUCUUACAACAGCUGCAGAGGAUAAUGAAGAGGAAUGCUCAGACAACGAUGAACUUAAGUCAUUAACGAACGCUGAUAGCAGCUCUGAAGGCUUAGAUGAAUAUGAAACAUGCGACUCUGGUGUAAGUGAACGUAGUUCGCUGUCUGAAGAAAUGUCUGAACGGAUGAAUUUAAACAAGCAGCUUCAACAACAUUUGAUUACAAAAAUGAACCACGGGAAUAAGACAAACUUAAAUCAAAAAAAUCUUAAGGUUCACUUCAAGUAUAACAGCAUUAUUUCUGAAAUAUUUGAUGGAAAAUUAUUAAGUUCAGUACAAUGUCUAACUUGUAACCGUGUUUCUUCGAGGGUUGAAGCUUUCCAAGAUUUAUCUUUGCCAAUUCCUACUCGUGAUCACGUUACUGUGUUACACCAAAGUUCUUCUACCAAUUUGUGUUCAGUACAUAAGCUGACAGAUGUUUAUACAAAUCAACAAGUUGUUCAAAAUUGGAUUUUCUGGUUUUGGGACAUGAUGUAUAAAUGGUUUUGGGGGCCGACAGUUGGCUUGCAUGAUUGUCUUGCUGCAUUUUUCAGUGCCGACGAACUCAAGGGAGACAAUAUGUAUAGUUGUGAAAAGUGUAAAAAACUUCGAAAUGGUAUAAAAUUUUCAAAACUUCUUGAAUUACCUGAAGUCCUGUGCAUUCACCUAAAACGUUUUCGACAUGAGUUGAUGUUUUCAUCUAAAAUCACUUCAUAUGUAACUUUUCCCAUUGAUGGAUUGGAUUUACGGCCAUAUGUUCACAAAGAUUGCACUUCUCAAGUCACCACAUAUAAAUUGGUGUCAGUGAUUUGCCAUCAUGGUACAAUCGGUAGUGGAGGUCAUUAUACAUGUUAUUCUUUAAAUCCUAUCAAUGAGCAAUGGUAUGAAUUCGAUGAUCAGUGUGUUACAUUGGUUUCUGCUGAAAUUGUUCGUAAUUCUGAAGCAUACGUUCUUUUUUACAAGAAAAAUAGUCCAACAACGAACCGAAUUAGAACACAAAUGAGACAAGUACAAAUCAAUAAAAACCAGCCAAGCUGCUCACAAGAGGCGUGUUUCAUUUCAACUAAAUGGCUGUCAAAGUUCAACUCAUUUGCCGAACCUGGUCCCAUUGACAACUAUGAUUUUAUGUGCCACCACAAUAGAGUAAAACCAACCUAUGAACCACAUAUUAAUCAUUAUGCAACAAUGGUAUCUGGCCAAAUUUGGGAUUAUUUAUAUAGCAAAUUUGGAGGUGGUCCAAAAUGUACCAAUAAUCAACUUCAAAGAUGCGAAAUUUGCUAUGGAGAAUAUAUGGAUAUGCUAUUGAAAAAAAGAGCAGAAAACGAGACUAAACAUUUUUCACGACUCGGAGAAGAAUUAAACCUUCACGACAUGCUGGCUGAUUAUGCCAUUUCAAUGUGUUGGUUUAAGCGAUGGGAGGCAUUCUUAAAUAGUGUAGUCAACGAACCGCCGGGACCUAUUGACAAUAUAAAAUUACUAAGCAAUUCUGAGAGCAAAGUUUUAGGAACUGAUUAUAUAUCUGUAAGUGAAGGCCAAUGGGAUUAUUUAUGGAGAAUAUAUAGCGGUGGACCUAUGAUUAAUAUAAAUGAUCUUCAAAUGCCAGUAUCAAAUGUGGAAUCUGAUAAUCAUUUCUUAAACACAAGCUCAGAUGAACUGUGUGAAGUCAAUGAUGAAUCGCAAAAUUGCAAUGAUAGAAUAAUGGAGACUGAAGUAAAGGAGCACAUGGUUUGUUUUGAUUCCGGUGACCAAGAAUUUAAAAACGUGAUCAACAUGCAACCAGAUAAUAGGACGUGUAAGAAAAUAAACUAAUGCAAAACUAAUAUUUUGUACAUACAAUAAUAAUUUUAUUACUAAAAAAAUGUACGUUUUUUGUAUAGUUUUGGGUAAUUGUAAAUGUUUUUUAAGAAAUGGUAUAGUCGUUAAGAUAUAUUACACUAAGAAUGUACAAUCAUAAAUCUAUUUAUUUGUGAAAAAAUGUUACCUAAAACAGUGUUAUCAUUUGUUUUAUGUGUAUCUACCAUUUUUUUAUCUAUAAGGUGAUGUUAUUUUAUUUGUUACAUAAUAAUUAUUAUUAUAUUUACUAUUGUACUAUUGUUUGCAAUUGGAGAAGCAUUUCUUCCUUCAGGAUUGCUAGAAUUUUGUAAUCAAAUAUUGUUUUUU